GGCGAGCGGCGCAGAUCUAAAGGACGUGAAGUCCCCAUGUGUCCACCUGUGUCCCCACAACAUCAGUAAAACCCUCAGGUCACAUGUGCAGCAGGUGCUUUCUGGCGACUCUGCAGAGAAUCAUCCAAACUUCACAUCGACUCGGUUCUUCAGGAGGAGAUUAUUGAUCCAUCAGGAAACCAGCAGAAGCCAAUCAGGAUGGAGGGGGAGGAGGAUGGGGCGGGGCGAGUGCGGGAGCUGCAGGAGCAGAGGAUGGCGGUCCAGAAGAAGACCUUCACCAAGUGGAUGAACAGCGUGUUCUCCAAGAACCGGGAGAAGGUGGAGCUGACCGACGUCUACACGGAGCUGAAGACUGGAGUCGUUCUGAUCCGUCUGCUGGAACUCAUCUCCAGAGAAACGCUGCCGACACCCAGCCGAAGGAAACUCAGAGUCCACUGUCUGGAGAACAACAGCAUCGCCAUCAGCUUCCUGAAAACCAAGAUUCGGGUGGAUCUGAUUGGUCCAGAGAAUGUGGUGGACGGAGACCGGACGCUGAUCCUGGGUCUGCUGUGGAUCAUCAUCCUGAGGUUCCAGAUCGGACCCAUCGACCUGGACGAGGCUGGAGGUGGAGGCAGCGUCGCUCAUCGCUCGGCCAAGGAAGCUCUGCUGAUCUGGUGUCAGAGGAAGACUUCAGGCUACGACGGCGUCAACGUUCAGGACUUUUCCUCCAGCUGGAGGGACGGUCUGGCCUUCAACGCUCUGAUCCACGCCCACCGACCUGACCUGUUCGACUACCGCCGUCUCCAUGGCGACGACCCCCGCCGUAACCUGGGUCACGCCUUUAUCCUGGCGGAGCGAGAGUUCGGCAUCAUGCAGCUGCUGGACGUGGACGACAUGGUGGUGGCUCACCCCGACGAGAAGUCUAUCAUGACCUACGUGUCGCUGUACUACCACUACUUCUCCAAGAUGAAGCAGGGGCAGACCUUCCAGAAGAGGCUGGCCAAGAUUGUCAGACUGCUGAUGGAACUGGAUGGCAUGAAGGUCCAGUAUGAGAGGAUGGUGUCAGAUCUGCUUCAUUGGAUCAAAACCAAGGUGGUGCAGCUGAAUGACAGAAGAUUCCCCAACUCUCUGAGGGAGAUGCAGACUCUGGUGACAGCUUUUAAAACCUACAGAACUGUGGAGAAACCUCCUAAAUACCAGGAACGAGGAGUGAUCGAAGCUCACCUGUUCAGCCUGAAGACUCAGCUGGUGGCCAACAACCAGCGGGCCUACAAUCCUCCAGAAGGUAAAACCCUGAGCGACAUCGAGAAGAGUUGGGUUUUACUGGAGAGAGCUGAACACGAGCGAGAACGAGCCCUGCAGGAGGCGCUGCUGCGCCUGGAGAACCUGGAACAGCUGGCCCAGAAGUUCAACAGGAAGGCGGCUCUGAGGGAGGGUUACCUGGAGGACACGCUGCGUCUGAUCCGGAGGCAGGACAUCCGAGGUUUGUCCACGCUGGAGGAGGCUCUGGCAGCCGGUCGGCGUCUGGAGGCUCUGUCCACCGACGCUCUGGCCAGAGAGCCUCGCUUCACGGCCCUCAGAGACAUGGCUAAGUCCAUCGAGAGAGGAAACUACCACAGCAAGGAGCAGGUCAUCAGGAGGGAGGAGAACAUCAGCCUCCGAUGGAAGGACCUGCUGCAGCAGCUCCAGGAGCAGAGGGUGCUGCUGGGAAAUGUAGUCGACACUCUGAGCAUCCUCAGAGACAUCGAGCUUGUCUCCCAGGAGCUGAAAGAGCUGCAGUCCCAGGCGAGCUCCUCUGAUCUGGGGAGGCAGCUGGCCGAGGUGGAGUCUCUGCUGCAGAAACAGGACCUUCUGGAAGCUCAGAUCUCCUCUCACGGUGAAACCAUCGCCGCCAUCAGCAGCAGAGCGCUCAAGGGGAAAGUCCGAGACGGUCAGCAGAUCCAGAGCAGAGUGAGAGCUCUGGACACUCAGUACAAGUCUCUGGUGUCUCUGAGCAGCAGCAGUUCUCUCCUCUACGCAGCAGAUCUAGCAGCCGAUUCCUACUGUCAGUGGAGGAGGCAGCUGGAGGCUCAGCUCCGGCUCUUUGAGUUCUUCUAUGACGGUGAGGAGCUGGAGGCCUGGCUCUACGAACGCUGGGUGAAGCUGCAGACCGCUGGGCUGGGACGAGACCUGAACCACAUCCAGCUGGCUCAGCACAAACACAAGGUGCUGGAGGCAGAGCUCCAGGCCCAGGAGUCUCUGUAUUGGGGGGUUCUGGGUCGGGGUCAGGACCUGAUGUCCAAGCAGAGCCAGGAGAACCGGUGGGCCGUCCAGAAGUGGAUCAGAACCUUGAAGAAGCAGUGGAGCUACCUGACGGAGGAAGUGACAUCACGGCGUGACAGGCUGCAGGCUGCCGCCGCCAUCAAACAGUACUUUGCAGACGUGGCCGAGGCUAACUCCUGGCUGGAUGACAGGAAGCCGCUGCUGACCAGCGAGGAUCAUGGGAAGGACGAGUCGAGCACUAGUCUGCUGCUGCAGCGCCACCAGAGGCUGGAGAAGGAACUGUUGGCGUACGUCUCGGAGAUGAAGAGGCUGUCGGAGCAGGCCAAGAGUGCAGCACAGCUGACGGCUCUGACUGCGGAACCUCAGCAGAUUAAGAUGAUCCAAUACAGCGACUCCUCCAGCGACGAGGAGGCGGGGCCAGCAACGGUGACCUCAUCACUCAAAGCCCGGAGUGGGAGGGGCUCUGUAAGCUCCUCCCCUCAGAGGGAAUCGAGCAGAGCCAAGGUCCGCUUCAGAUUCAGCCGAGGUCCGUUCCUGUGGGAUCGUAACGAGAUAGUGACGAUCGUCGGCUCUGGGCCAGACGAAGACAAAGUUUUGGCCAAAGACAGUCGAGGAAACCAGCAGGUCAUCCCCAAAACCUACCUGACCCUGCUGCCGGCCACGGCUCCUCCCUCGACCCCGCCCGUCUCCACCAAUGACGUGCCAGAAAGCCCAAGCAGGAAGCUGAGUCGUCCGAGGCGAAGCCGCUCGAUGCGUCGAAGCACAACGGAGAUCCAAACGGCCUGGAUGCCGGACCUGCAGUACCAGAGAGACACGGUGGAGGAAACACAGGCCGGUCUGGACCAGGACUACAACUCCCUCUACAGCCUGGUGAAGUCGAAGACGAGGAUUCUGGAGGAAAUGCUGCGUCUGCAUCGCUUCUACAACAGCUGCCAGGAGUUUGAGUCGUGGAUGGAGGACAAGGAGAACGUCCUGAACACCUUCAGCACCGACGGAGACAAUCUGGGAGUCGUUCAGGCCAAGUACGAGAACUUCCUGACUGAGUUGGUGAGUGGGCGGGGCCAGCUGGAUGACAUCAUCAAACUGGGGGAGGAGCUGGUGAGGAGUCGCCACAGUAAGCAGAAGGAGAUCCAGGCCAGACAGAGGGGAGUCUCCAGCAGGUGGGAUCGAAUCCAGCAGCUGAAGGAUGAAAAAGCUCAGGAGCUGCUGAGUACAGCCGAUGUCCAGUCGUUCCUGCAGAGCUGUGAAGAAGCUAGAGUCCAACUUAAGUCUCAGAUGUCCCAGAUGAACACCGUGGACGUCGGCUGCAGCUCCUUCACUCUGCAGAACGAGGAGAAGAACCAGAGCCAGGCCCUCAGAGACAUCCAGGUCCUGGAGGGAAAGAUCUCCUACCUGAAGAGCAUCGCCAAGAUGAAGCAAGACUGCAGUCCAGCAGAAAGUGCCGCCAUCAUGGAGGAGGUUCGAGGUUUGGAGGCUCUUCUGAAGCAUGUGAAGCGUCAGGCCGCAGACAGACAGCGCCACCUGGAGGACGCCCGCUGGCUGCAGAGCUUCCAGCAGCAGGCCAAGGAGCUGCAGCGCUGGGGGGGGUCGGUCCAGGAGCGCCUCCUGCAGGAGGAGUCGGCCGGAGACGUGGCCUCGGCUGUAGCUCUGCUGGAACAACACCAGGAGCUGAGGCUGGAGAUGGAGGAGCAGAGGAGCAGGCUGACGGAGAUGGAGAAAUUGGGUAAAUCCCUCCAUCACGGCUCGACUGGCGGCGUCGACAUCAAGCAAACCCUGGAGGAACUCGGCGCCCAUUGGUCCAAGCUGGACAAACUGUGGACCAAUAAGAAGCAGCAUCUUCAACAGGGGGUGGAGCUACAGAGGCUGAACCAGGAAGGAGACCGGAUCGAGACGACGCUCUCCGAACACGAAGCCCGGCUGAGGGUCAAAGACGUCGGGGACUCGGUGGACAGCGUUCACAGCCUGCUGGGCCGACAGGAAGAACUAGAAGGCCUCCUGAAGGCUCUGGACCAGCGGGUGGACAACUUCAGCCAACGCAGCAAAGAACUGAUUGACCAACAACACUACGCUGCUAAACACAUCAAGGAGCGCAGCAAAAGCAUCCAGAAGGCCAACAAGAGCCUGAAAGAAAGCAGCAGACAGAGGAGGAACCUGCUGCUGGCUUCCAAGAAGUACCAGGAAUUCCAGAGAGAUGCUGAAGAGCUGCUCCUGUGGAUGGAGGAGAAGUUUAAGGUGGCUGAAGACGAGUCGUACCGCGACCCAACGAACAUCCUCAGGAAGCUGAAGAAACAUGAAGCGGCCAAGAAGGAGAUGCAGGCCAACCAGGUGUGGCUGGACAGACUGGUUCAGCUGGGACAGGAGAUGCUGGCUGAGGAGCAUCCCAACAGUCAGAGCAUCAGCAGGAAGUCCUCUCCGCUCAGCAGCCGAUGGAGGAGGCUGCAGGACAAGAUGGCCGACAGAGGAGAUAAACUGAGGCAGGCGGGACAACAGGAGCAGCUGAUGGAGCUGCUGCAGGACGCCAAGCUGAAGAUCGAUGCCAUCCAGUGGAUGCUGAACAACGCUUCCAAAGGUCACAACCUGCGCUCCAGCCGACAGCUGCUGAAGGAGCAUCAGCAGCUGGAGCAGGAGGCCAAGGAGCUGGCGGAGAAGAUCAACUCCAUCGUCAGCAGAGCUCAACAUCUGGCCUCCAACCACUUCGACUCUCACAGGAUCCUGCAGGAGACGGACACGUACCUCACUCUGUUCAAAUCCCUGCAGAAGCCUCUGGACCAGCGUCGAGUUCAGCUGGAGGCAUCGGUGAAGCUGUUUGAGUUUUAUCACGACGUGGAUCUGGAGCUCAGUUGGAUCUCUGAACGGGUUCCUGCCUUGGUGUCCACAGGAUACGACAAGUCUCUGGCCGGAGCCACCAGCCUGAUGCAGAAACACAAGGAGCUGCAGGCUGAAGUUAACGCCCAUCGAAAACAUCUGAACCACGUCCUGGAAAAAGGAAAACGUCGAGCUAAAUCCAGUAAAUCAGACACAGAGGAAGUCCUGCAGAGGUGCAACCACCUUAGUGCAGAGUGGGAGGAGCUUGAGGAGGCCUGCAGCAGGAGAGCAGCUCACCUGAGUAAGGCCAUCACCAGAGAACAGCUGCUGUUGGACUGUUCAGAGCUGGAGUCCAGACUCACCGAGAUGCUCAGUCUGGUGAGCACCGAAGAUUACGGCAAAGACCAUCUGGCCACACAGAGCUUGAUCACCAAACACCAGGUGUUGGAGGGUCAGCUGGAGGUCCUGGAGGUGGAGGUGGAGGAGUUAGGAGACCAGGUGGACCAGGCUCUCCAGAACUGGAGGCUGGAGGAGCUCAGCAGACCUUCUAGUCGAGUCAGCAGCCUCCACCAGCAGCUGCAGCACCAGGCAGCCCUCAGGGGUCAGAAACUGAACGAAGUCCUUCAUCUCCACGAGUUCAGACGAGAAGCUUCAGAGUUUGAGGACUGGAUGAACCAGCAGAGACAGACGGCAGAAUCUCAGGACCUGGGCAAUGACUACCAGCAUGUCCAGCUGCUUCGUGGGAAGUUUGAAGGUUUCCUGAAGCGGCUGGAGGUGGGAGAAGAUCGACUGCAGACCUGCAGCGACUCUACAGCUCGAUUGAUCCGCAGCAAACAUCCUCAGAGUUCAGCAGUGAAAGACACUCUGCAGCAGCUCAGGUCCAGCUGGGAGGAUCUAAAAAUCGUGGCGAAGGAGCGUCAGGAUCAUCUGCAGACCGCCGAGGAAUGCCACAGAUUCUACCGAGACCUGAGCGAUGCUCUGACGCUCAUCCAGGAGCGACACAAGAGCAUCCCUGAUGACGUGGCGAAGGAUCUGCGAGGAGUGAUGUCACAGCUGAGGAAACACGAAGCUCUGCUGCAUGAACUGGCCACCACGGAGGAGCAGCUGCAGGAGCAGUUGGACGCCGUGGAACUCGUCCUGGAUCUCUGCACACCACAUCUGAAGCUCCGCCUCCAGGAAGUGCAGCAGGAAGUGGUGGAGAAGUGGGAGGAGCUCCGACUCCACACUGAACGGAGGGAGGAGGAGCUUAAACUGACCUGUCAGAAAUACAUGUUCCUCAACACGGCGCAGGACUUCCUGCUGUGGUGCAGUCAGCUGAUCGGUUCCAUGGCGGCCGAGGAGAGCAUCAGCGACGUGGCCACGGCCGACCUGCAGCUGGCUCAGCACCAGCAGCUGUGGGCCGAGAUGGAGGCCCGGCAGGAGACCUACCAGCAGGUUCUGGACCUGGGAGAGGAGCUGCAGAACAAGGACCGGAGCAACCGCAGGGAGGUGUUGGAGAAGCUGGAGGCUCUACAGGCAGAAAGAGACAAACUGGAGGACAAGUGGAAGAAGAAGCAGAGCUGGUUAGAGACUGUCCACCUGGAGCAGAUCUUCUACAGAGACAUCAGCAGCAUGGACAAGACGUCCAACUCACAGGAGAUCCUGUUGCAGAGCAGCACUCUGGGAAACACCGUGGACGAGACGGAUGGUUUGAUCAAACGCCACGAAGCUUUUGAGAAGCUGCUGGGCCUGCAGGAGGACAAGAUCUCCUCUCUGAAGGAUCUUGCCGGCCGUCUGAAGAAGCAGCUGAGCAAAGAGAAGAGUGGACGAGUCAAAACCAGACUCAGAGCUCUGCUGCAGAGACGAGACAGGAUCAGAGAGCUGUCCGUCAAACGCAGGGAAGAGCUGGAGCUGUCCAGGCAUCUCUGCAUCUUCAACAGGGACGUUGCCCAGGCCGAGGAGUGGGUGUCUGAGCGGAUGCAGAAGAUGGCAGAGGACGGAAAAGCCGACCUGAGCAACCUGCAGACCAAGAUGAAGCUGCUGCAGAAACAUCAGGUGUUUGAGGCCGAGAUUCUGGCUCACAGCGAGAUCAUCGGCUCAGUGCUGAAGGCUGGUAUUGAGCUGGUCUCCCUCCGCCAACCCUGGUCCAAAGAGGUAAAGAAGAGUGCAGCGAUGCUGGAGCUCCACUGGGAGGCGCUGAAGAAGGCUGUGGCCACCAGAGGAAAAGCUCUAGAGGACAACCGAGACUUCCUGGAGUUCCUGCAGAAGGUGGAGGAGGUGGAGGCCUGGAUCAGAAACAAGGAGGUGAUGGUGAACGUUGGAGAUGUUGGGAAGGACUACGAACACGGAGUUCAGCUGCUGAAGAAGCUCAGCGAGUUCAGAGGAAGCAAGGACAGGGAGGUGACGGUGGACGACGCUCACAUCAUCGCCAUCAACCGGCUGGCCGCCCGGCUGGAAAAGACGCAGAGUGCCGAGGAGCUGCAGACGGUGAGGCAGAGGAGGCAGCAGCUCAACGACAGGUGGAGCAAGUUCCAUGGAGAUCUGAGCAGCUACAAGAAGAAGCUGGAAGGGGCGCUGGUGGUCCACGGCCUGAUCAGGGAGCUGGAGGAGGUCCGAGACCGAGCCAACGAGAAGAUGCUGCUGCUCCAGGACCAGGACUGUGGAUCAGACGUGGACGGAGUAGAGAACCUCAUCAAACGCCACGAGGAAACGGAGAGAGAAGCCGGCGUGAUCCAGGAGAGGGCCAAGUCUCUGGAGAAAGAUGUUUCUGAUCACCUGAAGGCUCGGUCGAUGCUGAGCGACAAACUGAAGAGCAAACAGAAGGAGGUGCAGAAAGCUCUGAAGACUCUGGACCAGGAAGUCAAACACCGGAAGGAGAAGUUGCAGGAGGCUCACCAGCUGCAGCUCUUCAAAGCCAACCAGCGCCUCCUGCUGGAGUGGAGCCUAAAACAGAGCAGCGACAUGUCAGAGAAAGGAGUCCCCAAGACCAGGACCGAGGCUGAGAGGCUCAUCGUGGAGCACCAGGACUGGAAGACGGAGAUCGACGCCCGAGCCGAGCGCAUCGACUCCGUCCAGGACUUCGGUCUGGGUCUGAUCCGGUCGGGUCACGGCUCAAAGACAGAGAUCCAGAAAGCUCUGAAGCAGCUGGAGGAGGUUAAAGCUGGUCUGGACCGGACCUGGAUGAACCGGAACACGACCCUGGAGCAGGCCCGAACCCUGCAGAUGUUCCUGUCCUCGGUGGAGCAGUGUGAGAGCUGGCUCAGCAACAACGAAGCCUUCAUCUCCAACCAGGACCUCGGGAGCUCGGUGACGGAGGUGGAGACGCUGCAGAGGAAGCAGGUCCAGUUUGAGGAGGCUCUGGAGGCUCAGUGGGAGCAGCUGGACCGGGUGGACAAACUGGGCCAGACCAUGAUCCAGCAGAAACACUACGACGCCGACAACAUCCGGACCAAGAGCAGAGCACUGAGCAGCAGGCGGAGUCAGCUGCAGCAGCAGAGCAGAUCUCGUCACAAAGCUCUGGAUCGAUCCCUGCAGCUGCAGCAGUUUUUAUCCAGCAGUUACCAGGUGUGUGUUUGGCUGAAUGAGCGUAACGCCGUGGCGUUGGAUGAGAGCUGGAGGGAACCAACCAACCUUCAGGCCAAACUGCUGAAACAUCAGAGCUUCGAGGCUGAGAUCCUCGCCAACCGCUACAGAGUGGACGCCCUCAGUAAGGAAGGAGAGAAGCUUCUGUCUGAGUCUGGAUCAGCUGAUGUGAAGGUUGGACCUCGACUCAGAGAGCUGACGGACAGCUGGGACGCUCUGAUUCAAAACUGCAAGGAGAAGAAGACCAGACUGCAGGAGGCCUACCAGGCGCUGCAGUUCCAGCGUUCAUUGGACGACAUGGAGCAGUGUGUUGCGUCGGUGGAGAGAGAACUGAUCAAUGAAGACUGUGGCAGCGACCUGCCGUCUGUCAACAGGCUGCUGAAGGCUCUGCAGGGCCUGGAGGAGGAAGUGGACGGACACCGGGACCGAAUCCAGAGUCUGGUGGAGACGGCAAAGAGCUUCCACUCUCAGGGAAACUUCCUGGCUGAGGAGAUCCAGACCAGAGUGGCUCAUACCAUCAACAGGUACAAUGGUCUGGCGGAGCCCAUGCAGAACCGCCGGGAGACCCUGGAGGCCUGGCAGGUUCUGUUCCAGUUCUACAGAGACCUGGAGGAGGAGGUGGCCUGGCUGAGCGACAGACUGCCCUCCAUCACCGCCAAGGACUGGGGGAGUUCACUGAGCAGCAUCCAGCAGCUGCUCCACAAACACCAGGCUGUGAUGCAGGAGAUCUCGAGUCGCACCCCAUUGGUCCAGGCUGUCCAGGAGGCGGGACAUAGUCUGGUCAGGGGUCGACACUUCGCGUCUCACGACAUCAAAGAGCGUCUGGAGGAGCUGAAGAGUCUCCAUGAGAAACUUCUGAAGGAGGCGGAGAAGAAGGGGAAGCUCCUGCAGGAGGCGCUGAACAUCCACACCUUCCUCACAGAGCUGUCGGAGCUCCAGAUCUGGUUGCAGGAGCAGCGAGUCGGUUUGGAGUCCCGGGACUGUGGGAGGAGCGAGGAGGCGACGGAGACUCUGCUGAGGAGGCUGGACUCUGUGGACGUGGAGCUGGAGAACCAGAGGAGGAUGGUGGAGAAGCUGCAGGAGAACGGAGCGUCGCUGCAGCACCUCCGACAUCCAGACAGCCGUCUGGUCAGUGACUCUCUCCCGACCGUCCUCAAGAAAUUUGAGUGUCUCCUGAAACUGUCUGCGUCUCGUCGCACCGCCCUGGAGGAUCAGCUCCGCCUCUACGUGUACGAGAGAGAGGCCAAAGAACUACAAACAUGGCUGACCUCCAGGAGGACGGUGGCAGAGUCUGAGGACUGUGGACAAGAUCUGGAGGAUGUGGAGGUCCUCCAGAAGAAGCUGGAGGUUCUGGUGUCGGAGGUGUCCGGUCUGGGUCGCAGCCGGCUGACCUCGGUGCAGCAGCUGGGUCGGGGGCUGCAGCAGGACAGUCAGGCCCGGAGGAGGGACGACGCUCUCAGCCGGCUGUGGGAUGAACUGAACAGCAGCAUCCGGACCAGAGAGCAGAACCUGCAGGCAGCGAGGGAGGUCCACCAGUUCAACCACGACGUGGACGAGCUGAAGGGCUGGAUGGCCGAGAAGGAGGCGGUUCUGGACUCGGAGGAUCAGGGACACGACCUGCAGGUGAUCCAGACUCUGCUGAGGCAACACGAGUCUCUGGAGACCGACCUGCUUCUGAUCUCGGAGGAGGUGACCCGGUGCAGCGAGGCGGGUCGGGCUCUGAGCCGACGGCAGCCCUGGGUCAGAACCACGGUGGCUCAGCGGUUGGAGGAGUUGCAGAGCUGCUGGACCAGCAUCCAGGACAAAUCCUCCCAGCGCCGGGCCAGACUGGGCCAGGCCGAGGACGUCCAGAGAUACUUCUCCCAGUGCUCCGAGCUCAUGGCCUGGCUGAAGGAGAUGCUGUCUCUGGUGAAGGUGGACGUCCAGAGUUUGGAGGGAAGCGACCUCGAGCAGCUCAUCAAAAAACACGACAAGUACCGAGUCCAGAUGGACCGGCAGCUCAGCAGAUCUCAGGCUGUGAAGGACGAAGGACGGCGGCUGAUGGAGGACAGAAACUUCAUGUCUCAGGAGGUGGAGGAACGGAUCUGUGACCUGCAGGAUCUGGAGCUGCAGCUGGAGAAGGUUUGGGAGGAGAGUCGGCUGCUGUAUGAGGAGGAGCUGGAAAUCAGCCUCCUGCAGAAGGAGCUGGACCAGGCCGAACGCUGGCUGAGCUCCUACGAAGCUACGCUGACGGCUGAAGACUACGGGGAUUCUGUGUCGGACGUCAUGGAGCUGCUGAAGAGGCAGGAGGACCUGGAGGCCAUGAUCCAGACUCAGAGCGAGAAGUUCGUCGCUCUGCAGAAGAAGAAGACGCAGAGGGAGAAGAGACUCGGUCUUCAUGGACCUGAGGACAAAGAUCUGCACUACAGGAGACCUCCAGCCAGAGUUUCCUCCCUGAGGAGAAAACCCUCCAGGACCUCCAGAGACGUCGUACGUCGACUCAGCAUCAGCCGACCGACGGACCAAACGCUCAGACAGAAGACGGACGUCAUCACCGUCAGUCCUGCAGCUUCAGCCAGCAGUCCUCCUGGUCGUCCCAACGUUGUGGUGGCCCACAGAAUGAGGACCAGAUGCUCCUCUUCUUCUUCAUCCCCUGAGUCCUCAUCUUCUUCCUCACUUGAAGAACUUCGAUCCAGUUCCAGACCUCCUCAGUCUCCUCCUCCCAAACCUCCUUCAUCCCCUAAAACCUCCUCCACACCUCCAGAACCUCGUUUCAAAUCCAGACCUGCUCAAUCUCCUCCAUCAUCUCCUAAAACCACCUCCUCCCCUCCAGAACCUCGUUUCAGAUCCAAAAGUCCUUCAUCUCCUAAAUCAUCCUCCUCACCUGUAAAACUUCAAUCCAGAUCUCCCCAGUCUCCUCCAUCAUCUCCUAAAGCCACCUCCUCACCUCCAGAAACUCGGCUCAGAUCCAGACCUCCUCAAUCUCCUCCAUCAUCUCCUAAAAACUCCUCAUCUGUAGAACCUCAUCCUAGAUCCAGACCUCCUCAGUCUCUUCCUCCCAAAUCUCCUUCAUCUCCUAAAUCAUCCUCCUCACCUGUAAAACUUCAAUCCAGAUCUCCUCAGUCUCCUCCUCCUUCUUCUAAAGCCUCUUCCUCACCUCCAGCACUUCGUCUCAGGUCCAAAAGUCCUUCAUCCCCGAAAACCUCCUCAUCUGUACAACCUCGAUCCAGAUCUCCUCAGUCUCCUCCUUCAUCUCCUAAAUCCUCCUCCUCACCUCCAGAACCUCGCCUCAGAUCCAGACCUCCUUCAUCUCCCUCCUCUCCUGCAGAGCUCCAACCCAGAUCCAAACCUCCUCUGGCUCCAAAGCCCAGGUUCUCCUCCACAGACGGGACAUCCGGACGUCGCUCCGAGUCCCUGAUCCAGGUGAAGAAGAUCGCCACACCACCUGACUCCCCUCCACCAAUCAGGAAGCUGGUUGCUCCCUCUGAGGCUCCUCCUCCUCCUCCAGCUGCAGGAAGACGUCCUGAAUCACCGGAGCAGUUUGAUGUUCCCGAUUCUCAGCAGGUGACAGCACCACCAAUCAGAGAGGAGGACACCGAGUCACAUGGCCUCGGUCCUCCAUCUCCUCCACAGCAACAGAAGACGCUGGAUCUACCUGAAGACCAACCAACACCUGAGGUGACUGCUGGACAGCCAGUCAGGAUGGAGGGGAUGCUGGAGAUCAAACUGAAACAAGCAGGAAACAAGGGUCUAGAGCACUGGGAGGAAGUAUUCGCUGUUCUGGAAGGACAAACUCUCAGCCUGUUUAAAGACCAAGCAGCUGCUGCAGAGAGGACCUCUAGGUGGCCUCCUAUCAACAUGGUUGGAACCGUCUGCAGGGAAAACAAGUUCUGCAGGAGGAAGGAGAACACCUUCAAGCUGAAUCUGGAGGAUGGAUCUCAGUUCAUGUUCUCAGCGUCCACCAAAGACCUCCAGCUGCUCUGGGUGAAGAAGCUCCAGAACCGACCCGACUCCUCCAGCAGCGACUCAGAAGACUCGGGGAGAGCUUCAUCCGUCAAACUGAGUCUGGCGAAACUGGCCGAAGCUCCGGAGGAUUCGUCCUCCAAACAUCUGGACCGUAGAGCUGCUAGCCUGGAGAGACAAUCGUCCACGGAGGGCCAGCCUCCACCCAAACCCCCCCACACCUACUACAACAGACACUCCUACCCUGAGGGGGGGGAGGGGCUCCACUCAGGUUUCCAGAGCAACCACCAGAACCAGCCUGCAUCAGGACCUCCAUCAGAACCUUCAUCUGGACCUCCAUCAGAACCUCCUCCCCAGAACCAACCCACCAUGACCCCCCAGCCACCAGAACACUCCAUCAAACCCAGGAUGAGCGUCUUCAGGAAGUUCUUCACCAAGAAGUAGAUUAGCACUCAGCAUCCUUCACAAUAAAAGUCCAAUAAUCACAUUUUAGAAAUAAAGUGCUUCAAACAGAAAGCCUUAAAGAGAAAUGAGACGAGAGAAGAGUUUGGAUAAAAACUCACGUUUCAGUCUUUUUAUCUUCUGGUUCCUUUUUAAUCUGAAGUUCUGCAGCUCUGAGGAACAAGAACAUCAUGAAGAACGAGAGAGAAGUCAGGAAAACAUUAAAAUUCUUCUCCAGAUAUUACAGAUAUUUAACUUUUUACAGCUUCUACAGGAGAUAAAAGGUUUGAAAUAAUCAGAGAUAAAGAAAUAUUUCUGAAAUAAAAUAGCAGAAAUAAAGACAAAUGAUUCAUAUUCUGAGAUAAAUGUUGAAUUUAUUCAAUUAUAAUUUAAAGACAGAAAAACAAUAGAAAACUAAUCACAUUUAUAUUUUUGUUAAUUAAAUCUUUACUUGUUGCCAAAGUUCUGUCUCAUUAUUCGCCCCGAUUUGUUUCAUGUAUUUUUUAGUCUUUUAAAAUCCAGACAUGAUUUGAUUAAAUAUUUUUUUCAGUUUGUUGAAUUUUCCCCACAUUCGGUGUAAUUAAAGGAAAAGUUGAAAAUCUGAUGUUUGUUUCUGUUUUUAAACUGUGUAGCUGAUAAAUGUUGUUAAUUUUGGAGAUUUUCUUUAAAAGAGAAACCAAAUAAUUAAAAUUAAAAGUGGAAAUCUGGAUAAAAAUAUCAAAAUAAUAAGACCUCCAGGUCAGAAUCAGGACAUAAAAAUCAUAAAUAAUUAUAGAAAAUCUGAAUUUUGUCUUCAAACUUGAAAAUAAAAGGUUUGCAAA